CCUAGCCUCGAAUGCUUUUGAAUUCAAGUACAAAACUCAUGAAGUAAAAGAAGUCCUCUAACCAUGAUGCUUAAAAAUGGCCGCUAUGACAUUGACACUAUCCAAUGUAUUUAUGACAAAGGAUGUUGGUAACUAUGACGUUACAUAAGCAUACAAUAAAUGCACACAAUAGGGAACAAAUUGAAGCGUGUACACAAGGGAUCACAAGCCAAGGGUGUGACUAAUUAAUAACUCUUUUACUCUUCCUUGUGGCUUCUACUACUACGCCACUGGAUUGUUCAUCACAUUCUACGUUUUACAUUGAAUACAAUACACCCACUAGAUUCUUCCGCCCCAAUCCGUGAAACCCGCUGCCAAACCACUUAAAAUAAAUUUAACUCCAUAUCCUUUCUUUACCUAUACUUUUUUCAACGUUCACAAGCAAGUUGUAUAUAAGCACUUUCACCUUCCAAUUCCUCCAAACUUAAUCUCAUUCCAAACCAAAAUGGAAUUCUCUCUUCAUUUCUUCUUCCUCUUUCUAUUUUCAUCUCUCUUCCUUCAGCCCUCUGAUUCAUGUCAUCCCACUGACAAACAAGCACUUCUCCACUUCAAAACCAAAAUCACUUCUGACCCUUCUCAGCUACUGCUUUCUUGGAAAUCCACCACCGACUGCUGCUCCUCCUGGGACGGCGUCGGCUGUGAUUCUUCCGGCAGAGUCACCAACCUCACCCGCCCCGGAAUUGUCUCCGGCACCGACUUCAUCGCCGAUACUUUCAUGUCUGGUUCUCUCUCCCCUUUUCUUGGAAACUUGUCGUCUCUUCAAUUUUUUGACCUUAGCAAUCUCAAAGACAUCAACGGUCGGAUACCCUUCGAAUUUGGCAAGUUAUCACGACUCACCCAUAUGUUUCUAGAUUCAAAUAAGCUCACCGGUUCGAUUCCUAGAACCUUUGGGUGUCUUUUUCGAUUGGAAAAACUAUAUCUUGGCAACAAUUUGCUCUCUGGAAUCAUCGCUCCCUCAAUUUUUAGCCAUUUCAAGUGCCUUACAGAAUUGGGUCUUUCCGGAAAUAGACUAUCUGGGUCCAUUCCUAAUUCAAUUGGGAAGCUAAUUCAGGCAAAAAAUCUCGAUCUCCAUGCCAACAAUUUCUCAGGAAGCAUUCCUACGAGUAUUGGUAACCUUAAAAGUCUCAGGUAUCUCGAUUUGUCUGAAAAUGAAAUAACAGGGACCAUUCCGAAUUCGAUUGGUAAACUCUCUGAGUUGGUUUUGCUUUACCUUAAUCAGAACAAGAUUACCGGAAGUAUUCCCUCAUCGAUUGCCGGACUUAGUUCUCUGAUAUUCUGUCGUUUGUCGGAAAACCGGCUAAGUGGUCGGUUACCGGCGUCCAUCGGUAAGCUUGAAAAGAUCCAAAGACUGAUUCUUGAGAACAACAAGCUUACUGGGAAAUUGCCUUCUUCUAUUGGCCGUUUGACAACUUUAACUGACUUGUUCUUCUCUAACAAUCUUUUUACCGGUAAGAUUCCCAAGACUUUUGGAAAUUUGGAAAACCUUCAAACUCUGGACUUGUCGAGAAAUUUGCUUUCUUGUGGGAUUCCUCAUCAGUUAUCCAAAUUGCAGAGAUUACAGAGCUUGGAUCUUUCCUUCAAUCCUCUUAGGUUGCAGAGCAUACCAAAUUGGUUUGCAAAGAUGAAACUUUUCAAGCUAUUUUUAGCUAAAACAGGGAUUGAAGGGCAGCUUCCAAAAUGGCUGUCUUCAUCAUCAAUAUCGCUUCUUGAUUUGUCGAGUAAUCGAUUAACAGGGGCGUUACCCCAUUGGAUUGGAAAUAUGACCAAUCUUUCAUUCCUCAACCUUUCAAACAACGGAUUUCAUUCAUCAAUCCCAGCUGAAUUCAAAAACAUUUUACUGUUAAUGGAUCUUGAUAUUCACUCCAACCACUUUACAGGGUGCCUUGACAACAUAUUUUCAAAAGGGGUUCAAGACCCACUUGGCCAUUUCAAUUCCAUUGAUGUUUCUGGCAAUCAUUUCAGUGGUUGUAUUGAUCAGAAUAUUGGAGACAGAGCAGCAAUGUCUUCAAUCAGAUCGCUUGUUUUGUCGAACAAUGAAUUGGAAGGGCAUAUCCCCAAGUCGUUGUCGGAACUUAGCGAAUUGCAGGUGCUGGAGCUGGCUGGAAAUCGGCUUUCCGGUGAAAUUCCAGCGGAGCUGGGAGAAGCGGUGGAACUAACCACGGUUUUGCUUUCGAAGAACAGGCUGUGUGGGGCAAUUCCAAUAGAGGUGUUGAAUUUGAAGAAGCUUUUGAAAUUCGACGUGUCGGAAAAUAGACUUUGUGGGAAAAUUCCACCGCAUAAAGGACAUUUCCCUGUUUCUGCAUUCAAACAUAAUCGAGGCCUCUGCGGAACUCCACUUCCUCCCUGCAAGCAUUCUUAGCGUUUUUCCUUUUUCUUUAAAUUAUCUAAAUUGAUUUAUUCUUUCGUUCUUUAUUUUUUUUCCCUUUCAAACUUCAUUUCUAUUGUACUUUGAUUUAAUGACAUAAAAAUGUUUCUUUAGAACUUGUAGAUCAUUUUCUAUUUUUCACUAGUCCUCCGAUCCUAA